AUGGGUCGACCGUGGCGCAUCAUUCCGACCCUCUGCCUCGCUGCGAGCGUCGUGUCAGUGAGGGGUCAAGGAAAUGCAGCAAAUGCCCAGGAUGAGCAGAAGCCAAUUGCAUCUUCAGAACACACUGCGAGUGAAAACCCGCUGACUCCUGAGUUUUCGGAGUUUGUUAUUGAGAGGUUGGAUAAAUGGAAGGUCCCUGGCGUUGCGGUAGCUGUGAUUGACGGGGACGAAGUCUACGCCGAGGGCUAUGGAUAUGCGACGCUGCCCGAUGUUCCGGCUACUCCAGAAACUCUGUGGUAUGGCGCCUCGACAACCAAGGCGCAAGUGGCUGCGGUCCUAUCCGCUUUGAUUCAUUCUGGCAACUAUUCAGCUUUGUCGCAAGGCUGGGAAACGCCUAUCUCGUCCAUAAUCCGCGACGAUUUCGUGCUGCAAGACGAGUGGGCGACGAAUCACAUCACCUUGAACGAUGCUGUCAGCCACCGAACAGGCAUGGCUCGUCACGAUCGUUCCUUUCACAGAGUUAUUGAUGGACAGGAGGUAACUCCGCGGGAUAUCGUCCGAAAUAUGAGAAACCUGCCACUUACUUACGAACCUCGCGUAAAGCCUUUGUAUUGCAACUUGAUGUUUGUGGUCCUCUCGCAUGUUGUCGAGACGAUCACGGGUAAGUGGCUUGGAGAAGUGCUCAAGGAGAAGCUAUGGGGGCCACUGGGCAUGAACUCGACCAAGUUUGACCUACAGGAAGCUCUAGAUGGGCCUGAGCACUUGGCCUCAGGCUACUACUGGGAUCUGGACGAAGAGAAGUAUAAUGAGGUUCCUCACAUGUCUGUGGUAGAAGUCAGCGGAGCAGGAGCAGCACUCUCCAAUGUUCUUGACUAUGCCAAGUGGGUGAAAAGCCUGCUCCACCAGUCCGGGCCUCUUUCUGAAGAUGUGCACAAGGACAUUAGAUCGCCCAGGACGCUCUGGGAUGCCAAUCCCGCGCCUGGAUAUGAUCUUAUGCUGUAUGGGCUGGGCUGGAUGAGGACUUUACACAAGGGUCAUGUGGUGUAUACCCAUAGUGGAGGUAUGCAUGCUUUUGCGUCCGAGGUAUAUUGGUUCCCAGAGGCCAUGUAUGGAGUGGUGGUGUUUGGGAAUACGGCAAUAAGCCAGCCUUUGGAAGAAACCAUUGCGUGGAAGCUCAUCGAUGAUAAGCUUGGAAUUCCCCAGAAAGAGCGUGCGGAUUACGGUGCCAAAUGGGACAAAGUGGUGAAAGAGAUGUCUUGGCAGUAUGCAAAUGCCGUGGACAUCCUUUACCCCGAGAGACAAGAUCCCGCAUCGCCCCCUACGUUGGCUGUGAGCGAGUUUGCGGGCACAUACUACGAUCCAGGAUACGGCAAUAUUACUCUUCGCGAAGAGCCUCACCCAGAUAAGCUGGGCGAAAGCAUCUUGGUCGCCCAUCGUCCAGAGACAACAUGGAACUAUUCAAUGCGCUUCAACCAUGUCACGAGCGACUAUUGGAUAGUGUAUCUACCUGCGUCGAUAUGGUCUGGCCUCAGAUUCGAGGAAUUUGUAGCAGCAGAAUUCAAGCUGGGGGCAGAUGGGAAAGCAUCUGGCGUUGAGAUUACAUGGGAGAAUCGGAUGGAUGCCAUGUACGAAGGCAAGUUGUUGUUCAAACGAGUCGCGUAG